CGUCUGGAGAGUCUCGCGGGGAGUCACCUGACUAUCGCGCUAAUGGUGCAAAACCUGGUCGGUGGUCAAAAUCGGUGAAAGUCAGGGCUUCUAUUGGCCAGAAGAGCAGGAUCCACAGGCGGGAUUGACCAAUCAGGCCCCCAGCUCUUACCGAGAAUGCACAUCCGAUGAUGGUGUAAGUGAAGACAGACGCAGACGAACCCAGAGUCCCCCCUUUGGAUGCCAAAUCUAUAAUUCUCUUUGUGUCAGGCAGAGUUCCCUGAAGCAGACAAAUCUUACACAAAAAGACCUGGGACAUUGGGCAUCUUCACCUUAUCGUCCAUCUGACAGGAAGCCACCUGCUGCUUCAAUUCGUCCUGGUAGCUAGCCAAGGUCCCACUGCAUCCCGUGACUUACACGGAUAUCAACAUGACUUUCCCUCGGGACAUGGACCGGAUGGAACUUGAAAACUCCCGUCUCUCCCCUUCCCCGGAGCUAGAGGAUCUCUUCAACCAGUUCUUCGACUGGCAAGCCUAUUCCGGGGACGCUAAUCCCUCGUCCCCCCAUCCCCAUCACCAUCACCAUCACCGCAAGCAAUCCCUUAGCAGGAUCAUCACCGAUAUCCCUUCCUUUAUAGAAAACUUCCCUCUUGAUCCCAACAGGCCCUACUUCGACAUGCCGCCUUCGUACUCUUCGGAUGAUGGCCUCACGUCCGAGUACUCCCCCGGCCAGACUCCCCCGGAGCUGGUCCAGGGUGGAAGCUCGUCGCCUUCAGACCACUCGGGAUCGCCACCCUUCCUGGAGCCACUAGACGAUGGCCACUACCACCAAGAGGCUUCCCUUAGAGAGAUCCAGGCCCAAGACGAUGAGUGGACCUACCCGCAGACCGACCCUUCCAAGGGCAUGGUCCAGGGUUACCCCCAUCACAUCCAAGUCCUAGACGAUAGGCAUAGAAGGCCAGUCGACCCGUCCGCAAAGCUGAAGCGGCGACGAUCCGGCAACGAUCUAGACAAGAGGCAACGGCAGCUGGCAGACCCCGGCCAGACGGCAGACGUCCGCAAGAGUGGAGCCUGCCUCCCAUGCCGCAUGUCUAAGACCCGAUGCCACGAUAGUGGAGUCUGCCCAAUGUGCAGGAAAGCGUUCCCAGACCAUUCUCACAUGGCCUGCACGCGCGCCACACCAUCCACGUUUUGGCCCGUAAUGGGCAAGAUCCCCGAUGUUUGGUCCACCAAUCCCGAAGAAGAGGAGCAACUUUGCUCCGGCCCACGGUUUUACACCGGAAAGCCCAGAGAGAUCUCAGUCUUUUUCACCCCAGACCCCAGCUUCCCAGCCCUGCGCGCCACGGUUCAGGCUUACCGGUCGCAGGGGGGCUCUGAGGAGAAUGGCAGCCUGUCAAAGGCUGACUUCCCUCGAGACUGUGUCCCAAGCCACGAGCUGCUGCAAAGAUGGGUCGAAGACCAGAUCCAAACGGAGCAGAGGUCAGACUUCCAAUAUGCAGCCCAGAGCUUCGUGCUUGCAUACUCGGAACAAGGUUGGGGACUUCCCAAGCAUGAUCUUGUCAGAAAAGUCCACAGAAUGAACUGCUUCUUCCGCAUUUUGAAAGCUAGAUCAUUCUGGUGCCUGGACCCAACCAACAAGCUCACCACGCUACCCUUGUCUGUCCAGGCUCAGCUGAGAAACAUUGCCCGACGGGCCAUAUACUCACUUGAGCAUGACAUUCUCAAAGAGAUGGACGAGACCAUCGCGCAGCAAGGCGUCCCACAGCCCCAGGAGAGGAUUGCCAUCUGGGCAAGCAUGUGGCAGCUCAUUCUCAUGUACCGAGAUCUUUUGCAGGGCUUCAAGGCCCAUAUCGGCCGCCUUGCGACUAGCAAGAGCGAGUCGCCUCAGAGUAUCUAUAAGCGCCUCGCGGAAAGCUUUUACCCGCUCUUGGUGGUGUAUUACCACUACCAAUUCCGCACAAAGAAGAGCCUGGAGCUGUCGCUGGACUGGCUCAAGACUCCCAAAUACCCCGCAGCAGCAUGCCACAGCAGAGCAAUCCACGAGGCUGCUCAGUACCUUCUCGACUCUCGCAAAGAGCACUAUCAGAAACUGCAGUCUUCCAAGAGCGAGAUUGAUCAGCUUCUAUGCGUCUUGGUGGUGAACCACGAGCUGAAGAAGAUGAACGCUAGAAAGCGUGCGCCAAAGGCCAAAUCAUCAAAACACGCAGAUGAUGAUUGUGAAGAUGAUAAUUAGCUUGCUUCCAUUGCUAGAGGCAUGCCUUUUAUGAGUUACGACUUAAUGAUGAAAAAAAAA